AUGUGGCUCAUGAUUUUAUUAAUGUUGUUGUUUUCGGUGAUGAGCCAAUUGACGCUGGCAAAAAACAACGAAUCCGUCGAUCACUGCUAUGGAGGUCGGUUUCACAGCACGUUAUUGGAGAAAUUUUACUUUAGUGGCGUGUUCAUUGUACUCUACGGGCACUUUUUCUGUUUUGCGCUGUUGAUAUGUGUCUUGUGCUUUCGUAUAAUGACGGGAGGCUGGGGAAACGCCCCUCAAGAAGACACGGCCAUAUCGAACAUAGAGGACAUCAUCGAUGAUAACAGCGACUCCUCCUCUUCAUCCAGUACACCUUCUCAACGACAAAGUGAUAAAGAUACACGUAUAGUGUCGUGGAUUAAUGAUAUGUUCCACAUCAGUGAAAAUGCAAUAAGGAGGAAGUGUGAGGGGGAUGUGAUUAAUUAUUUGUCCUUCCAGCGUCACAUCAUUGGUCUGUUAAUAGUUUUGACUGCAUUGUCAAUGGGCGUCAUCUUUCCCUUAAAUUAUUCAGGAACACGUUUUGAAUCGGACCGUUAUUUUGGAAUAACGACUAUUGAUAAUAUGCAUAAUGAGCUAGGUUUGUGGGUGCACAAUGUGUUUUCUGUAUUUUACCUCUUCUUGACUGUAUACAGCAUGAGAAGGCACACGUGGAAAAUGCACGACAGAGAUGACGAACGGGCGAACUCUACAUUGAUGGUGACUGGAAUCCCCAAAGAUGCAGAAGCAGUGGAGAUAAAGCAUCACUUUGAGCAGGCAUAUGAAUACUGUCAUGUGGAAGAUAUACGUAUCUGUUAUGACUUCUCAAAACUUUUGGAGCUGUUUAAUAAACGGAAGAGGGCGGAGAGCCAAAAAAACCACUACCUUAAACUGCAGGCUCAGGGCACCACUGCAAUGAUGACUCCAAAGUUUUGUAGGCAUUUCUGGUGUUUCAAAUGUUACAAGCAGGAAGAGGCAGUCGAGUAUUACGCCAAGCUGGAGGAAUCAUUAUCGCAGAUCUUCAUGGAGGAGAAAGCGAAAAUUCAGAAGAAACAUUUACAAAUGGUCUUUGUCACUUUUCAGAACGAGGACAUAGCUGAAAGAAUCUUAAGGGACUUCAACAUGUGCAUAUAUCGUGGCUGUCACUGUCGUCAAGAAUCCAAGACCUCAUCGAUGAGCGUCAAGCUUAAGACAGAUAAGUGGACUGUCAGCUCUGCACCCGAUCCACAUAAUGUCCUCUGGAACCAUCUGGCAGUGGGCGGGAUCUUGUGGUGGCUACGCUUUUUUGUCAUCAAUUUUCUACUCAUCCUCCUCCUCUUUUUUUUUACAACUCCGACCAUCAUAAUAGCCACUUUGGAUGACUUCAAUCUUACUGACACAUUGGAAACCCUAAACAAUCCACUGGUUACUCAGUUUUUACCCACCUUCCUCCUGUGGUUGUUCUCCACCUUGCUCCCUACCAUCGUCUACUACUCAUCUAGUUUAGAGUCCCACUGGACUCGGUCAACAGAAAACCAAGUGACAAUGCAUAAGUGCUAUAUUUUUCAUACCAUAAUGGUCCUGCUACUGCCCUCCCUAGGCAUUGGCAAUUUGGAGUUUUUUUUCAAAUGGAUUGUUGAAGCUAAGUUCCUGGCUGAUGCGACACGUCAAUUUGCGUGCAUGUUCCUUCCUGACACAAGCUCCUUUUUUGUUAAAGCUGUGAUUGCAGCUGGUCUCACUGGUAAUGCAAUGGAACUUUUGAGGCUCCCAGCUCUAUUGGUGUACAUGUUUCGUAUUUGCAUGGCUUGCUCUGAGGCAAAGCGGAGAAACAUCAGAAUGUUACCAGCCAAUGAGUUCCCAUGUGGAGCAUCUUAUGCUUGGAUGAUGUGCAUCUUCACAAUAGUUAUGUCCUAUAGUAUCAUCUGCCCGGUCAUAGUCCCGUUUGGACUGAUAUACAUGUUAAUAAAACAACAAGUGGACCGUUAUAGGAUUUACUACAUUUACCGGCCAACCAAACUGAACAAAAAUAUCCAUUCUGGAGCAGUUAAUCAAGCCAUGGUUGGCCCCGUUCUUGGAAUGUUGUGGCUGUUUUUCUUCCUCAUGAAGCGUUUUGGUCGUUUGGCUUAUUUAACCCUAUUCUCAGGUACCAUGCUGCUCAUCAUAGUGCUCAUUUUCAUUGUGCGCACCUUUUUUGGAUAUUUUGCCACAUUAAGUCCUCACAAAUAUCAGGUUGACGCACAACAGCGACGCGAAAGGGACGAAGAAACUGCAGUUGAAGAUCAGAACACAAACUUUUAUUCUCUCUUCCAGUUGGGCUAA